AUGACCAGCCCUGACGCCGCCAGAGACAAAUUCUACGAGGACCUGCACACCCUUCUGGCGACUGUGUCGAAGGCGGACAAGUUGAUUGUUCUUGGUGACUUCAACGUCCGCGUCGGCACAGACCAUGCUGCCUGGAGAGGAGUGCUGGGUCCCCAUCGUCUCCGCGGCUCCGACGACAAGGGCCUGCUCCUUCUCCGCACCUUCGCAGAACACCGACUCGUCCUGAUGAGCACAUUCUUCUGCCUGCCGGAGCGAGAGAAGGCCACCUGGAUGCAUCCUCGGUCGCAGCAGGGGCACCUGCUGGACCAUGUCCUCGUCUGGAGGCGAGAUCAGCGGGACAUGCUGGUGACAAAGGUAAGCGACCCCCAGGUAAGCUGAAUGUUGCCUUGUUGUCUUUGCCCGCUCAUCGUCUUCAUUUCAGCAAUGAGCUAGCUCAACGGCUAGACAACCUCCCCAUCGCUGCCGCCGCCGAAAAGAACGCCGCCGCGGUGAACCGAUGGUGUCAACUGCGAGACACAGCCCUGUCGACAGUCCUGACCGUCCUCGAUCGGGUACGCCGCCAACACCAGGAAUGGUUUGAGGAGAACGACGCUACCAUCAGCAACCUGCCCACCGAAAUGAAUCGCCUACACAAAGCCUACGUGGACCACCCCACCGCCGACAGCAAGGCUGCUUUCUACCUCUGUCGUCGCCUCGUUCAACAGCGACUGCAUGAGAUAUAGGACGCCUUGACGUCUCGUAAGGCUGAGGAGAUUCAAGGGUACGCGGACCGCAACGAAUGGAAGAACUUCUCCUCCGCGAUCACAGCUAUCUACGGACCGCCAACAAAAGGCACUGCUCCCCUCCUCAGAGCCGACGGCAGCACUCUCCUGACUGAGAAGACGCAAAUCCUACAGCGAUGGGCCGAGCAUUUCUGGGGCGUCCUCAACCGCCCUUCCGUAAUCUCCGACGCCGCAAUCGCCCGCUUGCCGCAAGUGGAGACCAACGUGGACCUCGACCUCCCGCCAUCUCUCCAGGAAACCAUCAGGGCCGUGCAGCAGCUCUCCAGCGGGAAAGCAACCGGAUCAGACGCAAUCCCUGCUGAGGUCUACAAGCACGGAGGUCCCCAACUAAUAGAUCACCUGACUGCGCUCUUCCAGGAGAUGUGGCGUCAAGGUAAAGUCCCGCAAGAUUUCAAAGACGAAACCAUUGUGCAUCUCUACAAGCGAAAAGGGAACCGCCAAGUCUGCGACAAUCACCGCGGCAUCUCCCUACUGAACAUCGCCGGGAAGAUCUUCGCUCGCAUCCUCCUCAACCGCCUCAACAACCAUCUGGAACAGGGCCUUCUGCCGGAAAGCCAAUGCGGCUCCCGUCGUCAUCGUGGGACCACGGAUAUGAUCUUCGCCGCCCGCAAACUUCAGGAGAGGGGCCAGGAGAUGCGGACCCGCCUGUACUCUACCUUCGUGGACCUGACGAAAGCCUUCGACACGGUGAAUCAUGAAGGACUGUGGAAGAUCAUGCAGAACUUCGGCUGUCCGGAGCGACUCAUCCAGAUGGUGCGUCAACUGCACGACGGUAUGAUGGCGCGAGUCACGGACAACGGAGCUGUCUCAGAGGCAUUCGCAGUGACCAACGGAGUGAAACAGGGAUGA